CAACAUAAAUAAAAAUGGAAACUAACUUUCGGUGUGUUGUGUAAUUUACUUUUGUUUUCGAUGGCUUAUGUCUUGCUCCAAGUAUAUAAAAGGUGUAUAAAUACAAGCAAUCAUGUAUCAAGGACUAUAGGUUAAGUGAAAAAAAUAAUACAAAUAAUAAAAUCGUUUUUGACUUUUCCAAAAGAAACUUCUCUUCUUGUCUUCUUUAAAUAUUCAAAUUCGUCGUCCUCUCUUUCGUUAUGUGUUUAUAUUAAAUUUUGUACCUCUCUGUCUCUUCGUUGGAAACUCGGAAGCUUCGAAAAUGGCAAGGACUUGUACGGAAGAUGAUGAAGAAACCCUUUUGAUCUCUCAUCGCAAUCAAGACGACGAAGAAGACGAUGACAUAGAAGAAGAAGCUUUGUCUCUGUGUGAUUUACCGAACGAGAACGGCGAAUUACGAUCGAUUGUCAAAGAAGAAGAUGAAGAAUUCGAUUCCGGGUUCGAAUUUGGAAUCGGGUCAUCGUUUCGAGCCGGGUCGGAUUCAUGUGAACCAGCUCCGGAGAUGAGUACAGCCGACGAAUUAUUCUUCAAAGGCCGAAUUCUGCCGUUACGUCACUCCGUCAGUUUAGACGCCGGACUUAACGAGCCGACCCGGUUAAUUACAAGAUCCGAAUCGGUUGAAUACAGAAGAACCGGAGUUAGAUCGGACCGGAAAAUCAAAAACAAUUUCAUCGAUUAUAGUCAACCAAGUCCACAACCACAGAUUCGAAGAUCAUCGAGCAUGACGGCUCGUGUUAAUUCAAUCAGAAACCCUAAAUCAUCUUCGAUUUGGGAUUUUCUCAGGUUAGGACUCGUCCGUACGCCGGAGAUAGAGCUCCGAACCACCGCCGGAAACGCGAGAUUGUCAGUGAGUCGAAACAGUAGCUGUAGUAGUACAAGCACGAGUUCGAAUUCGAAGAAAACAGGAUCUGGAGAAUCGAGAUCGAGGAAUCGGAGGAGAAGCUUUUUGUUUUCGGAUUGUAAAUGUUCGGUGUCGACGGAGACGAUGAUGGUACCUGUGAAGAUCAAAGUUGAGACGGAGGAGAAACAGAGGGUGAUGGAGAAGAAGACGGCGAAGAAAGAGGAGAAAACGGCGAUGGCGAGGAAGAGGACGUUUGAGUGGUUAAAAGAGUUGUCACAGGUAGGUUUUGUUGUCGAUCAUGGAAGACGAAGCUUGGUCUGAUUUUUGUUUUUUUCAAGAAAUAUUUUAAAAUGUAUUUUUUUGGGUGUGUUUAAUUAAUCAUUUCGUACGUUAUUUUCUUUUUGUAUGUUAGUGGUAAUUGUCAAUUAUAUACUUAGUUUUUUUUCCAAAUGAUAAAUGUUUUUGGUUUUCAUUACAUUCUAUAAGACUAUGAUUAACCAUUUCGAGCUAAUGUAUAAUUUGCUAAUCUUUGACUUGAGUUUGAUUUUA